AUGCGACACACGCAGCCUUUGCGGCGAUCCGUGCGAGUGGCCAGGUGGUGGCUUGGGGGCACCGAGACUAUGGUGGUGAGGUGCCCAGAGAUCUCGGUCACCGAGGCGUUUCAGAGCUGCAGGCCUCCUUCGGUGCUUUUGCUGCGAUCUUGGGCGACGGAGAGGAGACUUGGAGUGGACACUGUGGAGAGCGGAGUGGAGAACACCGAGGUGUUGAGAAGGAUUGUGGAGAACACCGCUAGCGUCGUGACCUGGGGCGAUGCCGACUCCGGUGGCGACAGCAGUGGAGUGCGUGAGCAGCUACGACGGGUGCAGUGA